CAUAGAUGCAUAGAGUGGCAACAAUGCAAAGACUAAAAGUAGACUACUGGUGCAACAGUAUUCAUUCUCUCCUUUCUCCUCUCUCUCUAUAUAUUGAAUUGGUUAGAAAAAGCAAACCCCUUUUCUUUACUCCCAUCCCAUGGCCUUCCUGCCAUGCACAGAAGCUGCUUCACCACAGAGAAAGAGAAUCAAGAUAUUUUGUUUUUGGUGAUCUUUGCUGGAGAGAGAGAGAUGGGCCCUCAAAAGGCUGCAGGGAGAAAUGAGUGGAACUGAAGAGUACUAUUCAUACAAAUAAAUGCUCUCUCUCUCUCUUGAUUCAUUUAAUCCUCUCCUACCUCAUCUCUGCACAGAUGCCCAUUUUUUCUUGCCUUUGAGAAAUGCAUUUUGUGUACUUAGAAAUUCUAUGGCCAUUUGUGUUUUAACCCUUGAAAACAUGAUAAUCAUAAUAUCUACCGGUUUGACCACUCUCUUGUAACAAAAAACACCUCUCUUUUCUCUUCUCAUUCACUAUAGAUAAUGAUUCUUGAUGGGUUUUCUCUGAAUCUCUGAAAUUCACCAGUUUCUUGAAAUUUGCAUUCUUGAAAUCUCACUUUUUUCCCCUUUUCUUCUUCAUGCAAGCAAAAAACAACUCACUUUUUUAGUUUUAUUCUUUGCUACAUUGUGGGGUUUUGUGAAGACUGAAAUUUGAAGUUUGAAGUACUUUUUUUACUGCUGAGAUAUAAGAUAUUCUGUGUUUUCAAUCUCAUUGUCAUUUUAGCUUAGUUUACUACCUUAAUCUUUCUCGUAAAAAGGUAAAAGGGUAAAACAAGUUCAGACUUUUAAAAUUUUCAUUUUUGAAAGGGUAAAAAAGUUCAGACGUUGAAGAUUUCAGGUGUUUUUUUUAUAAUUUUUCUGGACUUUUACACUGUUUUAGGGAAGGAACUGAUCAGUAUAGAAAUCAAACUUCAAAGUUUCCAUUUUUACGUCUGUUUCUUACAGCCACUGAAAAAAAACAUAUUUUUCCUUGAAUCCUUAGAUUGUUUUAGCAAACACACACAGUUUUCAUCUGUUAUUGCAAAAUACCUUCUUCGAAGAUAACAAGGUUUGUCAUAAUAUUGCCUUAUCUUGUUCUCUUAUUAUUCAUAUUUAGAUUUGUUGAUAGUAUUAUUUUUGUUGUUAAGAGCAACAAACUUUGUGCUUGAUCAAAAAAGGCAUAAUUAUCAUGUUAUACUUACCAGAUUUUCCAUUUUAAUGCCUGUUUUGCAACACAGAGGAAAAUUUGGCAGAUAUUAGAAUUGGCAUAGUAGUAUUUUAGUUGACAUAAAUCAACAUAGAAAUGUAAAAUGUUGGUCUUUUUUUUUUAUAGAAUUAUAAGCUAUCAACAUUUUGUCUGUGUAUAUAGUAUUGUAGUAUAUAUAUCAAAAUAGAAAUGUGAAAAAUGAUGGAUUUUCAUUAGGAAACUAGAUAAUAUCAACAUUUUGUACUAUGCUUCUGCAGAUAUGCUAAUAAUUUACAUUUUCAGUUUUGGUUUGGAAAUUCUUGAAAUUGCUUCUUCAAAAGUAAUGUUUGAAAUAUCUAACUUUUUUUUCAUUUUUCUUUCUCGUGUGUUAUGUUGGAAAAGUGGCCUCAUCAAUAUGCAAACAAGUGAAACUGUUGGAGAUCAUAUAGUUAAUGGAUUCGUGCUGCCCUCGACUCACACAGUCGGAGAUGCCAUAAACAAGUUUGCUGGCCAGCUAACGAGUCGAGUUGCCACAGCAAGCGAUGCUUUCUGUGGCAAUAUCCCGUCAGCAAAUGGAGGGGCCGUGAGUUUCUCCUCGUUCCCCCAAACCAGCCCGUUUCACGGGGAUGAUCGGUUUUUGGAGGCCAUUCCUCUCCCUAAUGCAUCCAUUGGCUCCUUCCCUUAUACCUUAAUUGAGAAUCAUCAAGAAAAGGUGGCAGUUCCAGCUCCCCUCGGAUUUCCACUUGAAAACAUGAGAUAUAGCGCUUCCAUGAACGGCCUAAAUGCCGGUGGUCCCUCUCUUGAGACAAUGCUCCAUGGCUAUGGAGGCUUGCCAUUCCCACCUGAGGUCGUGAGGAGAGUGGUUGGAAGGACUAGCCUUCCUCUACCGGCCCAACCAGCUCGUAGCUGUCACUCGAGGGAAUGGCCGGUGAUGGAGCAAGUAGGGUUCGGUUCCCACAGUCAUGACUCGUCUCAGUAUAGCAACGAGCUAUCUCUGAGUCUCGUGACAUCACGGCCAUCUGUACUACACGGGCACUUUACAACACCACACGAGCAAUGCUGCUCCAAUGGUGUGAGUAGCUACUCGUUGCCCGAGCAUACUUCUUGCAGCCGCAAGAACCACUCGUUGAGCUUCAAAACGCCCCAACUCCCUCCAUUGCUGUCGGGAUCAAGGUUUCUCGAGGCCAUGCAAGAAAUACUUUCUGCAAUAGCUUGCUACGCGCUAGAGAAUGUCGAAGAUGUUGGAGUGAACGUCUCAUUUUCCUCAAUUGGGUCCUCCAACGGGAUUGAAGUGGAUCACACAUUUGUGUUUCAAAAGCAAGAAACAAGCCUAGAACCAAAGAAAAAGCAUCUGCUAUCUCUACUUCAAAUGGUUGAUGAUCAAUACAGCCAAUGCCUCGAUGAAAUCCACACGGUCACCUCUGCAUUCCAUGCUGUGACGGAGCUAGAACCUAAUUUGCACGCUUGUUUUGCUCUCCCCACGAUCUCGUUCAUGUACAAGAACCUCCGGGAGAGGAUCAGCAGCCACAUUCUUGCUAUUGGAGCUCAUCUCGAGGAGGGAGAAACGCGCGAAAACAAGUCAUUUCAGGCAUGCUUCAUCCAGAAGGAGUGGGCUCUGCAGCAGCUAAGCAAGAGAAAUCAUCAACUAUUGAGGCCUCAAAGAGGCCUUCCCGAAACAUCUGUGUCCGUAUUGAGGGCAUGGAUGUUUCAGAAUUUCCUACACCCGUAUCCAAAGGACUCGGAGAAGCACUUGCUAGCUCUGAAAAGUGGCCUAACUAGGAAUCAGGUGUCGAACUGGUUUAUAAAUGCUCGUGUUCGACUAUGGAAACCAAUGAUCGAGGAAAUGUGUGCAGAAAUUAACAGAAGAAAAGCUCGGAAGGACGAUGAAGAAAUGGAAGGAAACCACAGAAACCAAAUGCGCUUUGAAACUAGGAGAUUUACAAGAGAUUGAUAAAUAAGGUAUAUAUAUAUGUAUUUAUAUAUUUCUUGUUACAAUGCUUUGAGCAUUUCUUGAUUUAUAUUCAGUGUAUUAUAGUAUAGUAUGGAGAGAUAUCAUUACAAGUGUUACCUAAACUCCGAAAUGGGAUCCAAGUAUAAAUCAAGAAAAUUGGAAAUUUGAGUA